AUGAACCAGUGCUGUGUGAACCAGUACUAUAUGAACCAGUGCUGUGUGAACCAGUACGAUAUGAAACAGUACUAUAUGAACCAGUACUGUAUUAACCAGUACUAUAUGAACCAGUGCUGUGUGAACCAGUACUAUAUGAACCAGUACUGUAUUAACCAGUACUAUAUGAACCAGUGCUGUGUGAACCAGUACUAUAUGAACCAGUGCUGUGUGAACCAGUACUAUAUGAACCAGUGCUGUGUGAACCAGUGCUGUGUGAACCAGUGCUGUGUGAACCCGUACUAUAUGAACCAGUGCUGUGUGAACCAGUACAAUAUGAAACAGUACUGUGUGAACCAGUACUAUAUGAACCAGUACUAUAUGAACCAGUGUUGUGUGAACCCGUACUAUAUGAACCAGUACUAUAUGAACUAG